UGUCUUGGAUUCUCCAGCAUCUGCAGUUCCUGCUAUCUCUCUCACCCUAUGGCUAAUCCACUUAGCCUACAAAGGACUGUGGGAGGAAAUCCACGCAGACAAUGCAGAAACUCUACACAAGACACUUGCCCGAGGCUGGGAUUGAACUCAGCUCCCUGGUGCUGUGAGGCAACAGUGCUGACCAUUGAGCCACCAUGUCACCCCAUGAAACAUGGCUAGAAUCUACACAGCUGGUAUACUGCAAACAGUUUUGAUCCCCUUAUCUUGUUUACAGAAUGAGACAGGGAGGUAGCACCUUGCUUGUGGCUGAGGGGAACUUCUCCUUUGCUUCAUCACUGUACAAUCGUAUGGACAUAGGCACCCAGGUCGUUGCAACCUGCUACGAGAGUGAAAAUGAAAUAUCGAAGCAUGAAAAUGCAACCAAAAAUAUUACCUAUCUGUUAGAGAAAGGAGCAGAAGUCUACUUUCAAGUAGAUUGUACCAAGCUCCGGGAUUGUCCACCCUUGAAAAGUAGGCUGUUUGACAGGAUUAUCUUCAAUUUCCCUCACUGUGGCAGAAAGGCUGGCGUGAAGAAGAACAGAGAGCUGCUGGCUAAGUUUUUUCUGAGUUGCGCAGAUGUUCUAACUUCCAAAGGUGAUGUUCAUGUGACCCUGUGUAAGGGACAGGGAGGGACUGCUGCUGAUCAACCAAUGAGAGCAUGGCAUAACAGCUGGCAAGUCGUUGCUAUGGCUGCAAGAGCUGGGUUCAUUUUAAGUAAAGUGCAGAUGUUUGACUGCUCACAGUAUUAUGGCUACACCAGCACUGGAUAUAGGAGUCAAGAUAAGCCGUUCCAUGUUGACCAAGCUCUGACUCAUGUGUUCACAAGAAGCCUGCCCUUCAGCGAGAUAAAGUCAGUUGUCAUGGAAACCAGGAUUGGGAGUGAGCAUUGCUUCUUCCAUAUCCCUGAGGAACUUGUUGAAAAGAUUAACAGGUGGAGUAAGAGAACUACAAGGCACCAAAAUAUAGCUCAUCAGACACUGCCUAACAGUGCCAACUUUGUUAUUGUUAAAGUAUUUACUGAGAUGGUGACAUUAUCAAGACCAAAGGAAAAUAACUUGCAAAGUUCUGCCGUGCAUUCUUAGCAAACAAUAUAGAUAGGAUCAUUUUCCCAUUAAAUUAAUACGGAAGGUAAGUUCACCCACAAUAAAACAGAAAGUGCUGGAGAAACUCAGCAGUUCACAACAAACUUGAAGUUCAAUCUUCUUCUCUCUGAGUGACCUGUUGAAUUUCUCCAGCUUUUUUGUGUUUGUAUUUCAGAUCUCCACCGUCGGCCAUACUUCAAUUUAAGUUGGCCCACAAGACUGGAAUUGCUCACAAUUAGCAAUCAGAGAUUGAAAGUUUUGACCCAAAUGCCACACAAUUUCUUUAUUCAAUUUUGGUCUAAAAUGUGUUAUGUUGGCUGUAGAUGGAAUAAGCACAAACAGCUCAAAAGCCUCUAUUAAGUAUAUUAAUUUCCUGAGAGGGUAUAACAGUCUUAUGACUUGCUCCAAACAGACAUAUAUUUCAGGUAUUAUCUAUAUUAUCUUACUGGUUUUUGUGUUCACUUUAAUUUAAUCAUAAAAUGUUUGAAGCAUUUGGAGGCCAGUUGGCUACUCAAGCCACUCAUGGUUGAUCUGAUUACUCCACAUUCAGCCUACCUGUGAUAACUUGUUAACCCGUUGCUAAUGAAGAAUCUAUCUAGCUCUGCCUUAUUUUACCAACACUUUAUUGUGACGUAGUAAAUUUUCUCUAAAAUGUUCGUAUACUGUAACGUAAGGGUACCCUUAGAAAAGCAUUGUGCAAACUUUAAAGAAAGGUGUUAGAAGAAUUCAAAACAAUUCAUUUCAAUGUCCAGUUUUUACCUUCUGUUAUCUCUUUGGUACACUGUACCUUCAGUGCCUCUUUUUUUAAGUAUUGUUUCCAAGAAUAAUUACUAACCUUAAAUUCAUUGUUACUUCUCAUGAGUCUCUGUUGAAUAUUGUUCAAAUAGUGAGUGAUGAUUAUCUGUCUGUUCCAAAAAGCAUGACUAUGAUUAGAAACCUCCCUGAUUCCUGGUGCUUUUCUUUCUAAGGACAGCAGUCUUGCUGGUAUAGAGUUCUUCAUACUCUUCUACUAUUUCAUCUAAAUGGACAUUGGAUUUCUGUGAGCCUGCACUGUGAUUGUUGGAUCAUUCAAAGUGGCAGGGAGAGAGAAUUUGAGAUGCAUAUACCACAUUAGGAUUUCCCGAAAUGGUUCAGAACCAAUGAAGUACUUUUGAAAUGUAGCCAGUGUCCUAAUUGUAAGAAGUCUUAAGACUAGGCAAUACAUUUAGAAUGAGGAGACACUUAAUACAAUGGUAUUUGGACAACUUAUUGAGGGAAGAAAAGUUAUACUUAACAGAUGAAGAUUGUUGUAAUUCUACUUCAGAUGGUUCUUUCUCUCCACUGCACUAAGGGGAUGGAUGGUUCUUCUCUAUUCUGUUUGUCUUUCUUAAAAUCUGUGCAAAGAGCAUCUUCAGGUGAGUUUUUUAAAACUCUUUCCCAGAGUUCUUGCUGGAUUCUAAUAAUGCUGUAGUGCUUUGAACAUUUCUUAUAGACAAAUGUCCCAGAAUCAGAAAUCAAACAGGAUAA